GCGAGAGCGUGUGUUAGACUGCGGCGCUUUCAAACAAACAUGGAGGAGAAAGAGAGGCAGAGCGGAGCAGAAAAGCCAGAUAGUAAAGAAACAGCCUCGACGUCCCAACACAGUGCCCCGUCUUCGUCACAGGACGACGACGCGGCCAAAACAGACGUCUGCUCCGGAAGUUUCGACCCGCUGUCGGCCUUGUAUUCUCCCACGGUGUCGCUGCCCUUUCCCAACAUCAAAUGUUUCGACAACGUCUCCCAGUACGAGAGCUUCCUCAAGGGCGGCCGAGGCAGAGCCAAGCCGGAGAACGUGGAGAAAAAGCGGCAGAGGGCAAUGAAAGGGGUGGCCGACCCGGAGCGUAUCGAGAGGCUGAAGCAGCUCAUGGUGAAGAAGAAGGCGGAGGGUGAGGACGAGGGAGAAGGCAGCAGCACACCGCGACCACGCCGACGACAGAAGCCGCAGAAAAAUGUGCUGACUAGGAUGACCCUUUGCAAAGGCAGUCCUUUGGGUGAGCUCUACCGAUGUGUGGAGGAGAGGAUAAGGGUCAAAGUGCACAUCAGGACCUUCAAAGGAUUGAGGGGAGUGUGCUCUGGCUUCAUUGUGGCGUUUGACAAGUUCUGGAACAUGGCGAUGGUGGAUGUCGACGAGACAUACAGAGAGCCUCUUCUCGGGGAGGCCUUGUACCACGAGAAAGCCCUCACCAUCACUCGGCUCUUUGAGAAGUUAAAGCUCCAGGAGAGCUCAACAACAAAGCACAGAGUCCAGGGAGAAACCAGCACGUGUCCGCCUUCCAAUCUCAAAGUGACUUCAAAACACUCGAGUGAGCGGGGCCAUGGCGAGACAUCAGAGCCCCUGAAGACACAGGAGCCAAAGGCAGGUAAGGAGAAAGACUGCAGGACUUAUGGCAAGGUUCAAACUCGCCAUGUCAACCAGCUUUUUAUUCGGGGUGAGAACAUUCUACUGGUCAACCCACAACCACUCUGACUGUGCUGUGGUUCUGUUUGUAAGAACCCACCUAGACUAGUUCAUACAUCAUAUUGAUAUGGAACAUUCUUCCGCACAAAUAAAGAAAUACAACUCGUUGUAUUGUUU